UAACUUGGUUUUCGUGUCCUUGCGGACUUCUUAACUUCGCUCUCUCUCUCUCUCUCUCUCUCUCUCUCUCUCUCUCUCUGCGUUUAUUUGUGCCCGGAGUUUGCACCGUGUGAUUGCAUAAACUAGAAGGGGAGAAGAAGAUGGGGGCUCUUGAUUUUUUAUCAGAUUUUUGCACCAUUUCUACCACAAGAAAGAAGCGCAAGCCGAUGCAGACGGUUGAAAUCAAGGUGAAAAUGGACUGCGAUGGCUGCGAGAGGAGAGUGAAAAGCGCUGUUUCGUCCAUGAAAGGAGUGAAAUCGGUGGAGGUGACCAGGAAGCAAAGCCGGGUGACGGUUCGGGGGCAUGUGGAGCCAAGCAAGGUCUUGAAGAGGGUGAAGAGCACGGGAAAGAAGGCGGAGCUAUGGCCCUACAUCCCUUACAACUUGGUGGCCUACCCAUACGUGGCUCAGGCUUAUGACAAGAAGGCGCCCGCUGGUUACGUCAAGAACGUGGCCCAAGCCCUACCCAACCCAAACGCCACCGACGAGCGGUUAGUCACGCUCUUCAGCGACGAGAACCCCAAUGCCUGUUCCAUCAUGUGAUGGUGAUAUAUCAGCACCCUAUAGUUCCACGGCGAGGAGUUCUUGUCACAUGAGAAAGAAUAUUGUGAAUCGCGCACAUUAACAAUACAGUUCAAUACAGUUUGUCUUGCAAA